GCCGCUGAAGGCGGGAAACAAUAAAAAAGACGGUUAUCGUGCGACUAUUAGCGCUCGACCAAUCACAAACGACUGUUCCCACGGUUGUGGCUUUGUGUAUGAAGCCAGCAUUGUUCUCUGCAGCAAGCCGAUUGUCAGUGGACAGGUGUUUGUAAAUAAGACUCAUCUAAUGUCGGCACACGACCCCGAUAUUUUCCCACGACGGAUGAAUAUAUAAAUGCGUCCGCAUCAUGCAUGUCGGACAGUUCGAGACACGCUCAUCGAGUCAACAUCUCUGACAAAGUUCAAAAGAAAAACUCAAUUCAAAGCUUGAAAAAACAUGGCCGUCGAAUGCAUUGACAGUUCUGUUUACGUUAGCAAGAUUCUUUCUGAGAGGAGAAAGGUAAAUUUCUAGUUCAUCAUUUUUUAAUUGCUGAACUGUCAUUUUUUAAACUAGCAUCGGAGAUGCACUUAAGUUUAAGGAACUCGAAAUUAAAUUAUGGAUCUUUUUUUUCUAAUUAGGCAAAGAAGCCUUUGAUGGAGAAAAUGCGUCGAGCAAGAAUAAACGACAGCUUAAACGAAAUGAAGAACUUAGUCUUGGAGCUUCUGCAUAAAGACGUAAGUAUUGCUCAGAUACAUUAAUCUAACGUAAUGCGCAUAUGACGAUUUUGACGCCGGGAUCAUUAAUUGCUUUCACGGUAUUAGGUCCAUUACAAGACUUGUUGAUCCAAGCAAAUUCGAGAUUAACUUGAUUUGUACUAAAACUGUGCCUCUCCUUUUCAGGCCUCUCGCUAUUCCAAAAUGGAGAAAGCCGACGUGUUAGAGAUGACCGUUUCUUACCUGAAGGCAAUGCAGCGAAAGGGAAGCAGUACUGAAGGUGAGAUCCCGUGAAAUAUUCCCACAAACCAGAAAUAAUUUUGUCACUUAAAUAAUCGAGUGUUAAUAAUGGUUUAUGACCUUUUUCAAGUCAUAAGACCGGAAAGCGAAAACUGCUGUCAAGUUUUAUCUUUAUGUCCUUCCUGAAAAGCGAUGUUUCUUUUCGGUACCGCAACGAACUUCUAAAAAGUAACACAGUUCAAAUGGCUCAGUUUUCUUCGCACUGCAUGUUUGGUAAAUAUUUUAUUUCCAUCAUUUGUUUACAAUUCAUCGACUUUAGUUCAACCAGCGUUUCGGUCAGUUGAAGCAAUUUUAUCUUAUGUGCCUGUGAGCUUCUAUUAAUGGUGCAGAAAUCUAAUAAAAGGACUCGUUUGUUUUCAGAUCCCAAAUUACUCGCGGAUUACAGAGCUGGCUUCAACCAGUGUGCAAACGAAGUCAACCGAAAUAUCCUGACAAGCGAAGGAAGCGACCAGCUCAGGGAAAAACUCUUGAAUCACUUGGCUUCAUGCUGCCAUGGUAACGCCACAAACCGUGUCGCCACGAGCCACGCGCCAGGGAUUCCCGCCAUGACUCCAGGUUUUCCCGCCGUUGCGCCAAGCGCCGUAUGGAUACCUUAUCCUUCACCGCCACCAUCGCCGACAAGCCAAUCAGCUUCCGUCGUCUUUGUCGGUCCUGUAAAACCUGAACUUCAUUACAAACCUUCUCCAGUCAGUCCAUCGGCGGCUUACACACACAUAUCGACACUUUCGCCGGCGAGUUCGCCGAACGCGACGACAAAAACACCGCUGUGGCGUCCUUGGUGA